AUGUCUUGGUUAUUUAAUAAAGCUUAACAGCCAGCAUAAUAGCUCAAAUUACCAGCAUAAUUUGCAGAGAGGGUCUUAAAUUUAGAAUUGGAUGUUGAAUCUAAUGCUACUUCAAAAGAUGAGAUUCAAGAACUUUUGUAACUAUAUAGUGUAAUCAUUCACACUUUAUCUUUUAGUAAGCUGUUGAGUAUUAUUCUUCUAUGAAAUCUGAAAGAUAUACUGUAUUUACUAAUAAAAUUUAAAACUUGUUGAUGAAACCUUAUGUAAAUAAAAUUUUGGGGUCAGAAGUUAAACAUGAAUAAAAAUAAGUUUAAUAGUAAAAUGCAUAAAAAGAAUAAAUUAAGAAUAAUAUCUAAUUUAUUUAGUAGAUGGAUAGCAAUAAGCAUGUCUAAUAAAUUAUUACUGCUGCUAUUGAUGAAAAGAUCAAAAUAGAAAAUAUGAUAGCUGAGGAUUUUAAAUUAUAGGAUCAUAGAGUCUAAUAAAGAAUGCUCAUGAGAAUUAAGGUAUUUAUUGAUCCAAAUUCUUUUAAGGAUCCUUCUAAAUACAAUUUGGCUAUUUCCAAAAGUAAUUCCUUAAGACAUUUAAAAUUAGACAUAGAAACUUAGAGCUAAUAAUCAACUUUACCUGAUAUUCAAGAAUAAGGAUAGGAAAAUAAUUUUGAAUAAGGAUUUGAUAAAAUUUCAGAAGUGGAAGCUUAACAAAUAUUUACUGAAUUAAUUAGGAAUGAUAAUGAUUCAAUUGAACAAUUACUUCAAACCCAAGAAUAAAAUUAAUAAAUCAAUCAUAUUAAUCUACCCAUAAAACCAUCAUAAAUUAAGGAUCAUCAUUAUGCUUAUUUUUAUGAUAAUCCAUAACCAAUAGAUCAAUAAAAUUAGACACCUUUACUUGGUGAUAUAACUCAUCCAAAAACUAAAAAAGUUAGAGAUAUGGUUAAUAAAAAUCAAGUUCUUAAGAAAUAAAAAUUAGAACUUAAUAACGUUUUACCAUGUUGA